AUGGAACUGAACGUUAACGAUGUCUUUAUUUUCUUUGUGAAGGUCUGUACCACAGUGAGGCGGGUGCAAGUGCAGAAGACCCCCAAGAAGAGGGUGAAUGUGGUGUACAUAGAUAGAUCAGGACAGAGGAUUCCAGUGAAGGCCAAAGUGGGAGACAAUGCAAUGUACCUGGCCCAUAGGCACAACAUUGAACUGGAAGGAGCUUGCGAGGCAUCACUAGCUUGCUCAACGUGCCACGUGUAUGUGAACAGAGACCAUGUCGACAAGCUACCAGAGCCUGACGAAAGAGAGGAUGACAUGCUGGACAUGGCCCCAGCGCUACAGGAGAACUCCAGACUUGGCUGUCAGAUCAUCCUCACCCAGGAGCUGGAGGGCAUCGAGCUUACCCUGCCUAAGGUCACCAGGAACUUCUACGUGGACGGCCAUGUUCCCAAACCACACUGA